ACCAGUCGUGUCGUCUACCGGCAAGAUGUACGUUAACACGGUGCUGGCGCUCGUCAUACUGGCGACCACAAUCGCAGCGUAUACUUCAGCAGAAUCGGAUGAAGAAAUAGAAGAACGAAAAGAUAGAAGAAUAGUGAAGCGAGAUGCAGCAGUAAUCAUAGAUCAUAUUCCCGUCCAACAAGUGUAUAGAAGCGACACCCCCGUUAUAUACAGGCGAAUCACUAGACGGCGAUACACUCCAAAACCUAAGUACGGCCCACCGAAAUCUAAAUACAGAUCUGUGAAACCUAGAAAACCUUACAAGAAAACCAAAAAACCCAGCAUAAAAUAUGGCCCACCGAGUCGCAAAAAGCGACCGACGAAACCGAGGUAUGGUCCACCGAAAGUAAACCGCAAACCUAUUUAUGGUCCACCCAAGAAACCCUCGUAUAGCUACGAACCUGAUUCCUACUGGAAUUACGAGGACGCUCCUAACUACGAGCAGAGCUACGAAAAGCCAAGCAGCUUCGGUGAGCCUCCAGUGGAAUAUGGCGCGCCAUACGCUAGCCCCAGUAACAUUUACACACAAAAAUACAAGCAACACAACUAUGAUGGUACAAACUAUAAUGGCGAUGAUAAUUUUGGGGUAGAAGACGAGAGUGAAAGUUACAAUAAUUAUAGUCCAGAGUCUGAUUACAACUUCGCUCAUACCAAAGAGAAGCCUGUAUACGUUAAACCAGAAUAUAUUGACGACUACGCAACUGAAGAUAUAGAUCCAGAUCUGCUGAGGAUAAUCAAAAGCACCACUAAGCCUGAAAAGAGGAAACCUUACAAGAAACAGAGAAAACCUUGGAGACCAACAACGACCACUCCAAGCCCCGAAGAAGAUGAUGAGGUGAUAGUUGGAGGCCAAUAUGCUGAACCGCCAGGCAGAUACGUUCCUAAGUUUGCGAGUGACCCUAAUUUUGAUGACAGUGACUUUUCGCCGAUGCAUUUCUAUAUGAAUCCAGAUAGAGUAUCGACUAUGUCAUCAUAUGUUAAUUAUAAGAAUAGCAAUAUGGCUUUCAGUCCUCAAAACUUAAACGAUGCAUUUAGUAUAGUAGAGAAAUAAAAGGGUGUAAACUUAAGUGCAUACCAAAUGUUGAACAUUUUAUUGUUACCUGUCAGAUAUGUAGUGUACUCGUACCAGUUCCAGUAAAAAGCAACUAUCACAAAAGUUUCUUUUUACAGUAAUAAAGACAUAAUCACGAGUUGGGACAGUAAA